CUCACAGCGGCAGUUGAGUUGAGUAUGGCGGCAAAGAAAGAGAGUAAUUUAUUCAAACGUAUGCCGGGGAAAUGUCCAAAAUCGCAGACGACCAAGCCAAAGCAAAGUAUUUUGGAAACGCUUACUAAAACACUAUGGCAAUUUCAUGGAAUCAAAGAAUUAGCCCUGGGUGAGGCAGGCCUUAAGGUGGCUAUAUUUUUGUUACAAAAUCCCCAUGAAGAACUGCAACAUACCACAGAGUCCAGUGGAUUUUUUGAAAAUUUACCUGCAGUUGAUUUCCUCUGCCAAUCACCCGAACAGAUUCUACACCAGUUGAGAAAUUCCAAGUUCAUUGGAUAUGCCAGUGUUUUUGUGUUACUGCAACAGAAUAGCUUUUUAGCCAAAGUGAUAAGAGCCAUGGAGGUGAAUCCACAUUUGCGUUACAAAUCCAAAGUCUUAAUGAAUCGUUAUCAUUUGCAGAUCAAUACGAAUAUGACAUCGAAUGAAAAAACGACAUUGUCCCCCAGCCAGCAAAGGAAUAAAUUGUUGGGCAUUAAAAAUAUCUUUCAAAAUUUGGGAACUUAUAUUCAAUGUAAGGCGGCAAACACUUUUCAACUUUACAAUCAAAAUAUUAACAUUGAUGUGGCGGAGGCUCGGAGAGAUUUGUUGAUGUUCAGAGAGUCUAAUGUGGAUAAUUGCAUAUUGGUUCAGUGGUAUCGACACGACGAUAUGUGUCAAUAUCAGACACAUGGUUUGAUGUUAUUUUCGGUGCUAAUACAAAUUUUGCAGCCUUUGGAGGGGGCUUUACAGGAAAGUUUCUCAUCGGCAGGGUGUGCAGUCACCUCCAGUUCCAGCACGGCCGCUGACUUGUACGUGUACAGCAUAAACCCCGCCUUGGCCAUAAUAAUUAAUAAUUAUUAUUUCACCCAACCCCUAACUGUGCGAAGGGGUAGUGAGCGGGAUGUCAUACAACUAAUUCGGGAAUUGAAAAUUGCCCGGAUACCCUAUAUACUAAUUGAAGAUUGCAAUCGGGAUCAGCUUCUGGAAAUCGUUCAUUAUAUAUCCAGUAAAGAUUUUCGUCCACUAAAAAACCUCUUGGUAUUCCUUAUGUCACACGGUGGGCAGGAUGGCCUUCUUUACACCAACGAUGGCCAAAUUAAUAUUCCCGAAGCUGUAAUAAAGCCUAUUCAAAACAACCAAUUUCUACAACACACCGAAAUACAAUUCGUCAUAAACAAGUGUCGAGGUGAGACGGAUAUUGAAUGGGCCACCUACAGUGAGUUGAAGAACAUAGCAGUCACCGACAACAGUUAUUUGAAGCGUAACACCACCGUGUUGUAUAGUGUACCAAAUAAUUUUCUAUCUCUACGCUCCGAGACAGAUGGAUGUCCAUUUAUACAGGCCUAUUGUCAGCACUUUCGUUAUCUUACACCCAACGAUGAAAUCCGCCAGCUGGACGAGCAAAUCAAUUCAAAUCCAAUUAUUUCGGAAUAUUUCGAAGAGUUGGAAAAAUGUACCGACCUGAUCAUGACGAGUUUGGAACAUAAUCAUAAUGUUAUGCCAAAAUCGGAGAACUUCUUUCACAUGAUGCAGUUACUGAAAUCCAUCGCAGACGGUUUUCCAAUAUGCGAUUCAGUUGGCAGUGAAGUGGGAACUUCAUCUUUCAUUUGUGGUUCCAUUGGACAUUGGGAAAUUCCUAAACAAGGGAGAAUUGAGACAUAUUUUACUCCUUAUCUGGAGGCAGAUAAUUUUAGUAUAUGUGAAGAAAACGAUAACAAUGGCGAAUAAAGAUCAAGAUCUCAUGUGCCACAGCAAGGUACAUUGCCUAAAGAAGUGCAUAUCAUUUUCGAAAAUCUGGCAUAUGUUUUUUUCGAUUCGAUGGAGGGGGAGGAACCAGAAGGAGAGGACCGAUAUAUCCCAUCUUCACAACAGAUCUUGUGUUGGUAGAAAUAAUGAAAUGUGUGAAAUUUAAACAGU